UGAGUCGGGGAUCCGCCAGGCCGGGCCUGGGCUCUGGGUGGCACGCUGGCUGGUCUGCUAGUGGAUUGUUGUUGCCCACCUCGCGCGAGCAAGAAGGUACACUGUUAGCCUUAACUGAAUUUCUUGAUCGUCAGCACUCUUUCAGUAGUGUUUGAUUUACCUCUCAGCAAAUAUAGAAGACUGAUUCCUGGCAUUCUUAGACAUUCUUUGCUCUACUCUGCUAAAAGCUAGAAUGAAACAGCUGCCGGCAGCAACAAUUCGCCUCCUUUCCAGUUCUCAAAUAAUCACUUCAGUGGUCAGUGUCGUAAAAGAGCUCAUUGAAAACUCCUUGGAUGCUGGUGCCACAAGCAUAGAUGUUAAACUGGAGAACUAUGGAUUUGAUAAGAUUGAGGUGCGAGACAAUGGUGAGGGUAUCAAGGCUAAUGAUGCGCCCGUGAUGGCAGUGAAGUACUAUACCUCAAAAAUAAGAGGUCAUGAAGAUCUUGAAAAUUUGACAACUUUCGGUUUUCGUGGAGAAGCCUUGGGGUCCAUUUGUUGUGUAGCUGAGGUUUUAAUUACAACAAGGACUGCUGCUGAUAAUUUUAGCACCCAGUAUGUUUUAGAUGGCAGUGGCCACAUAAUUUCUCAAAAACCAUCACAUCUUGGUCAAGGUACAACUGUAACUGCUUUACGAUUGUUUAAGAAUCUACCUGUAAGAAAGCAAUUUUACUCAACUGCUAAAAAAUGUAAAGAGGAAAUAAAAAAGGUCCAAGAUCUCCUCAUAAACUAUGGUAUACUUAAACCUGAUGUAAGGAUUGUUUUUGUACAUAACAAGAUAGGUGAUUCUACCAAGAGACUUUUCCAUCCAAGAGAUGUUUGCUUCCUAACUAUGACGAUGAGUAAGACUUGUUCUUUUCCUUUAAAGAAUUCACAAUUUAGUAACAUUUUCCACCUUCUAUUCUAAACUGUUUCUUCUUUGGAAGAGUUUUUUGUUAAGUUUUUAAAGGAAACUCUACCUCAUUUCUUUACAUUUUUCAAAGCAGGGCUGAUAAGGAAUUCCUCCUGUUGCUUGAUGAAUCUUAGGGGAAAGAAAGGUUUACAUAUCUUCUGAUUGUUAUGUUUUUCAUAAAAUUCCACACAUGCACUUCAAAAUAUUUAAUGUAAGGUGAGUAGAACCACACAGCAGAAGUUUGGAAACCUGAUGGGGAGUAGAGAGUUAACAUUUAUUAAGAGUGUACACAAUGCCAGGGCCUAUGCUAGGUGUGUAAAACUCCUAUAUCCACAGCAACAGCCAGGUGAGGUAGACAUUAUAUCAAUUUGCAGUUGUCCUCUGAACUCAGAGGUAUGAUACUCUGCUCAGUGUUGCACAGCUGGUAAAUUGUUGAGAUGGGUUUCAAAACUUUACCUGCCUACAGAGUAUAGGUUCUUCACACUCUACUGUUUUGUCUUCCCAUUUUAAUACUACAUUACAUUUGUGUAGUUCUUUUCCAGGUUUCAGAGCACUUACCAUAACCUUGUGGGUUAGACAGCCUUAUCUCUAUUUGUAUGGGGAACUUGAAGCUCAGAAUGAUCUAAGGAAUUGUUUUCUAUUUUAUAGUAAGUAAUACUACUGAGGUCAGAACCCUUUUUCAUCCAGUUUUCUUUCCACUCCAUGUCUUUUUACUUGUUAUUAAGAAGAUUCCAUAUUAAACCAAGUUAUGGUGGAAUAUUUAUGAUCAAAAUCUUUGGUCAUCUUAAAAAAAUAAAGAAAAACAUUAAGAAUAGUCAGCCACCUGUUCCUGCUGGCAUAGAGCUCAACCAAAUGAUACCUUGAGAUCCCUUCCAGCUCUAUCAUGCUGGAUUCCUCAGGAUGUUGAUAGAUAGAGACUCAUCCUGUUAAUAUAAAUAACCCUAUGACCUCUUGAUCCAAAGGACAUUUAGUCAUUAAAAGUUGAAUUACCCAAGUUAAGAAAAUAUUAAGGGCAGAAGAAACAGUGAUCACGAAGGGAAAACAAAUGGAAAAAGGUAAAACAUGAAGACAGGAGGUACAUUUUUAUAAAAGAAAAGUGACUACAACCAAAGAGAAAAGUUUUAAGAGAAAACAGAAGAAUAUUAUUGCCCUGUGUAAUGGAGAUGCAUAUUUAAAAUCAAAUAUAUAUCUUCUAAGCUUUGAAUAAGUUUAUAUUAUUAUCCCAAUCUGUGUAAGAUCAUCAGUGUAGGCAUUUUCUUUUGAAACUGGAAAGUAGUAUUUUUUAAUACACUGUAUUUUAUAAUUUUUGGAAGACACCGUAUCUGAACUUACACUGAGCAAACGCAGGUCUCUCGGUGGUCUUCAGUAAUUUCAGAUGCAGUUCAAAUCCUGGAGAGUGUUAUACCAUGCAAGUAAUGUAAGAUUAUCAAAAGUUUUAUAGUAAAAUUAAGUAUUAGCUAUUAUUACACAAGGAAAUCAUGGACUCAAUUAUAUUUUCAAGCUUUUUUCUUUUAGUAUAAAUUAUUUUUUCACUCUUCUAUUUAUUAAUAGUGCUGUUGUGCCUCAAAUGUUAUAUUGUUAAAUGUCCUAAAAUAGCAUUGAUACAUUAUCAUAAAUCUCUUUGAACAUUGAGUCCUGCUCUGCUCUUACAAACAUGCUUAUGUUUGUCAUUCUUUAUGUGCUUUUCUGAAGAAUUUUUUUGCCUUAGCUUAAAAUUUAAAGAUGGCAAUAUUGUUGUCUCUUCUUUUUUUGAAAUUUUUUUCUACAUUAGAAACAAACAAUCAUAUUGCACAUAAUAUGAGAAGUACUAUUGCUAUUUUGACAUCUUGGAUUAAAUAGUGUUCCUUCUUUUUAUGAAGGUUUAACCUGCCAAGACAUUCUUUGAAUACUGAUAAUGUUGAUGUUCUUGCCAGUAUGGUUAUGUUAGAAAGAGGUAUUUUUCUUCUUUCAUCACCAUGUUCCUUGAAAGCAUAUUGAAUAAUGAGACAGCCAAAGAGAAAUAAUUUACAAGUAGAUUCAGUGACUUUAUUUAAAGUAGAUUUUGUUUGGAGAAAUGCUAGAGCCAUUUCUUAGAUGAGCACUACAGUCUUCAACUUUUGUUUUGUAACUGAAUCCCUGUGAGGUCCUGCUACAUAUAUUUUCAUUUAUAAAGUAUCUAUUUCCCAGAAUUAGAAGUUUUUCUCAAUGUGGUGAUAUCUGAAACCCACUUAGUAGUAUUAGCUCUUUCAUAAGUGCAUGAGUAAUUUUAUAGACCACUAGUUUAGAACAUAAUGGUAAAUAUGUUAUUUCAGAUAAGGGAUACUUUCAUACUUCAUACUUGUGGAUUUUCGUGAUUUUCCUUUGCUUAAAAUAUCAUUUGUAUUUUAAAAAAUGGUUUUGAAUUUAAUCCUGUCUUGGU